AUAAAUAUAGUAAAACACAGAGGCUGACACGACUCCUUCUGACACGCUGUCGUCCCCAAAUCAACCCUCUCUUGAUUGAGAACAUUCCCGAACUAACUUUGUUCAACUGGGUUUCCGCUUCCUUCAAUUAAAGCUGUUUUCUUGGUUUGUAAUUUGCUACUCCAAUUGAAAUUCUUGACUGAGAGCUUUAAAGACUUGAUUUUUCUGAAGUGGGCUUCCAUUUUCGAGAGAGAGAGAGAGGGAUGAGUUUCCGGGAAGAAGUGGAAGAUGGGAGGGGCGAUCUGCGGAAGCCGUUUCUGCACACGGGGAGUUGGUAUCGAAUGGGGUCGAGGCAGUCUAGUUUGAUGGGGUCUUCUCAAGUGAUAAGGGAUAGCUCUAUCUCAGUCUUGGCUUGUGUCUUCAUCGUUGCCUUGGGUCCUAUCCAGUUUGGUUUCACUUGUGGUUAUUCCUCACCAACACAAAAUGAUAUUACCAGGGAUCUUAACCUUACCGUCUCACAGUUCUCCUUAUUUGGUUCUUUAUCGAAUGUGGGAGCUAUGGUUGGAGCGAUAGCUAGUGGUCAGAUUGCUGAGUACAUUGGAAGAAAGGGGUCUUUGAUGAUCGCUGCCAUUCCUAAUAUCAUAGGCUGGCUAGCAAUAUCAUUUGCCAAGGACUUCUCUUUUCUCUACAUGGGAAGACUUUUGGAAGGAUUUGGUGUGGGUAUAAUCUCUUACACGGUGCCUGUAUACAUAGCAGAGAUAGCACCUCAAAAUCUUAGAGGAGGAUUAGGUUCAGUGAACCAGCUCUCUGUGACAAUUGGGAUCUUGCUAUCGUAUCUUUUGGGACUAUUUGUGAAUUGGAGAGUGCUUGCAGUUCUAGGAAUUUUACCCUGUCUCAUAUUGAUACCUGGCCUGUUUUUCAUCCCAGAAUCUCCUCGGUGGUUGGCAAAAAUGGGCAUGACUGAUGACUUUGAAGCUUCUCUGCAAGUACUUCGUGGUUUUGACACUGAUAUUUCAGUCGAAGUAAAUGAAAUCAAGAGGUCCGUGGCUUCAACAAGCAGAAGAACAGCUAUCCGGUUUGCAGAUCUCAAAGUGAGACGAUAUUGGCUACCUCUGAUGAUAGGAAUUGGAUUACUUGUCCUCCAACAGCUAUCUGGAACUAAUGGUGUUAUCUUCUACUCCACUACUAUAUUCGAGUCUGCUGGAAUCUCAUCGAGCAAUGCUGCCACAGUAGGAGUCGGCAUUAUUCAGGUCAUUGCAACUGCAGUUUCAACAUGGCUGGUAGACAAGACAGGACGCAGGAUUCUUUUACUUAUAUCCUCUUCUGGAAUGGCUCUGAGUCUUCUAGUUGUUGCUGUCGCAUUCUUUCUUAAGGGUGCCGUAGCACCGGAUUCAACAUUAUAUGGCUUAUUGGGGAUCCUCUCAGUUGUCGGUGUUGUGUGCAUGAUUAUCGCCUUUUCUCUUGGAAUGGGGCCCAUCCCUUGGCUUAUAAUGUCCGAGAUUCUUCCACCUAAAAUCAAGGGCCUCGCUGGAAGUGUGGCGACUUUGUUAAACUGGUUCAUUUCGUGGGUUAUUACCAUGACAGCGCCAUUGCUACUAGAUUGGAGCAGCGGAGGUACUUUUACAUUUUACACGACCAUGUGUGUCGUGACAGUGACAUUUGUGGCGAUUUGGGUGCCGGAAACAAAGGGAAAAACGUUAGAGGAAAUCCAGCACUCAUUCAGAUGAAGAUUCCGCUCCAUUCAUGUACGUUGUAUUUCAGUAUCAGAGCCCUUUUUGUGCUACCUACGAUGUUUAUUCUGCCAGAUGCAAUUUGUAAUAAAUCUGUGUUGAAGUGUAUAUGGGGAAAUAUUUUUAGUUCUUCAAUUAAAAACAUUAUUAAGAGGUGCAUUUGUAAUAAUAGCUGAAAACUUGGGUGUCGACAUUUAUUAACAGUAUAAAUAACAUUAAAUAUAAAGUUAAGUAUUAAUUUUAUGCAUUAA